AUGGCGCUGUGCGGCCGCUCCGCGCUCCUCCCGCCGCCCCCACGGCACCGAUCCCGGCCCCGGCCCCGAGCCCCGGGGCCCUUCGUCAGCUGCAGCCGCCUCCGAAACAUUCAGACCAUCUUGACACAGAGCAGCAAAUCUCAGCCUGAUGGAAUCCUCUGCAUUUUAGGGAUAGACAGUCGAUACAAUGAAGGGUGCAGGGAACUGGCAAAUUAUCUGCUCUUUGGUUUGUACAACCAGAACAACAACGACUUUGAAAGGACAGGCUUUCCUGAGGAAGUUCUGGAUGAUAUAAUCAUAUUAAUAAAACCUGACAGUGUUCAUCUGUACUGCAACCCUGUGAAUUACAAUCAUCUUUUGCCCUAUGUGGCACACUGGAGGAACUUGCAUUUCCACUGUCUGACUGAAAAUGAGUAUGAAGAUGAAGAAGCUGCAGAGGAAUUCAAGAUUUCCAGCUUUGUGGACAUGGUCCGGGAUUGCAGCCGCAUCGGGAUCCCCUACAGCUGCCAAGGCCACCUGCAGAUAUUUGACAUGUUCAUCGUGGAGAAGUGGCCGAUCGUCCAGGCCUUCGCGCUUGAGGGGAUCGGGGGCGACGGCUUCUUCACCAUGAAAUAUGAAUUAAUGGAUGUCAGUGCUGACUUGUGGAAGACCUAUAGCAAAAUGGAUCCUGUGUCCUUGGAGGAUUUACUCUUUGAGGAUUUAAUGAUUUUUGAGCACCAGUGGACCAACUUUUUUGCUAAUUUUGACACUGAAAUUCCCUUCAUUCUGGAACUCUCAGAAUCUCAGGCGGGGGAGCCAUUCAGAAGUUAUUUCAGCCAUGGCAUGAUCUCAAGCCAUAUAACAGAUAACAGCCCGAGCCGGCAGCCCUUUGUCCUGUUUGGCAGCCACUCCACGAAGGAAAACUUGAACUCUGGCAACUUUAAUUUUCCAUCUGAAGGACAUCUGGUUCGAAACACUGGCCUUGGUGGAAGCACUGCCAAGCAUAUGGUAGUGCAGUGUGUAUCUCCAAAGGGACCUCUGGCUUGUUCAAGGACCUAUUUUUUUGGAGCCACUCACAUUCCUUUCCUGGGAAAUGACAAUGAGAUGCACAAGCAAGCUGAGCAAGUUACGCUGUUGUCGCAAAUAUAUUCUGCUGUUGUAGAGGCUGUGCUUGCUGGCAUUGAGUGCUAUGCUAAAACUUCCACUGAAUCCAAGGCAAAGGAGGUGGCAGAGCAGGUGCUCCUGUCUGUGUUAGACACCCUUGGCUUAGCACAGCUGAAAUCUGCUUUACGCUCCAAAAUCGCUUUUCAAAUUCAGGCUGUGAACAACCAUGGCAGAAUUACUCCGUUAGAUAACGAGGAUAGCCUCAGUUUGAUCAAAACGGCAUCCAUGAUGGUGUUUGACAUUCCAGACCUGCUCACGGGAAGAGGAUGCUUGGGAUCUGUUGUGUUUUCAGAGUCCUUCCUGACAUCACAGAUACAGGUCAAAGAAAAAGAUGGCAGCAUCCAUCCAGACUCCAGGCACGUUAUCCUGACCGCAGCUAUCCCGAGAUUCGCUUCCUGGCUGGUUGAAGACAGUGAUGUGAAACUGUCUGAAAAGGCACAGCAAGUAUUGAAGGAAGACAAAUCUUUCCUGGGCACUUUACUCACUGGGGGUGAUGGAGUUUAUAUCUGUUCCAGCAAUCCACAGGCCAUGCCUGCAGAAGGCAAAUUGUAUUUCUUUUCCGAUGGAAUUCUGUUCUGUGAUCCCCACCAAGGCAGCAUUUCCAUUUCCAAGAACCACAUGAGUUCCAUUUCUCUCUAUGAUGGGGAUUCCAACAGUGUUGUUGCUGCUCUCUUUAUAGACUUCAAAAGUUCCCUGCUUCCUCAUCUCCCUGUUGAAUUCCACACCCAGAACAACUUUCUGAUGAUUGCACUUUUUCCCAAAAGAAAGAUUUAUAAAGCUUUUUAUUCACAGGUUUUCUCUUCAUGGCAAAGCCAGACAAGCUCAGGAUUAUCUUUAAGGGUUGUCCAGGAAGAAUUCCUGUCUGAGGAACAAAAGAGGCUGCAUUCCAGUGUUCAGAAGCUCUUCAAUGCCUUGUCUUUUUCAUCUGGGGAGAGAUGCAGGGAACUGAAGCUGUCUGCUGCCAUUCCAGAAUUGAAGAGGUUUAUGCAGCACUUCACAGUCAGCAGCGUCAGUACCAAGCCAGUGAUGAGAGCACAUCUUCCUGUCCUUCUCCAACAGUCAGAAACCAUUUCUGAAAGCAAAGCAGAAGGUGAUAAGGUGAUCAUCACCAUCAUCACCGGGCUGCCAGGAUGCCGUUCCAGCGACCUGUGUUCUUUCCUUGUCACUUUUACCAAGGAGCAUGGAAGGUGGAUUGUUUAUCGGCAGACCAUGGAUAGUCCAGAGUGUUUCAGUGCUUCCCACUUCCAGCGUUUCCUGGCCGGGCUCCUGGAGGCCCAGCAGAACCUCGGGGUCCGUCAGGCUGGGAAGAGCAGGAGGCUCCUGGUGGUGCUGCAAGGGUACACUGAUGUUAUUGAUGUUGUGCAAGCUCUGCAAACUCACCCUGACCCAGAUGUGAAAUCUUCCUUCAUCAUUGGAGCAGUCAACACCUGUGUGGAGCCCCUGAGCUGCUACAUGGAACACAGGCUUCUUUUCCCCAAGUUCUUGGACCAGUGUUCACAAGGACUGGUGAGUAACGUGGUUUUCACAAGUCAUGCCACAGAGCAGAGGCACCCACUCCUCGUGCAGCUGCAGAGCCUGAUCCGAGCAGCAAAUCCUGGAGUUUCCUUCAUCCUGGCAGAAAAUGGAAUUGUAACAAGGAACGAGGAUAUUGAAUUAAUUCUCUCAGAAAGCAGUUUUUCAAAUCCUCAGAUGAUGAGAGCUCGAUAUUUAAUGUACCCUGGCUGGUACGAUGGCACAUACGGGGCUGGGCCCGUGUUCCCUCCCAUGGUUCAGAUCUGCGUGUGGUUCAGUCGCCCUCUGGAGAAAACACGAUUUGUGACCAAAUGCAAAGCAAUUAAGUCAUUGCUCAAGCCAAGUCCUUUUUCUGGGAACAUUUAUCACAUCAUGGGCAAAGUGAAGUUUUCAGAUGCUGAUAAAGUCAUUGAAGUCUGUCACAACACAGCAGCAAAUUCCCUAAGCCUGGUGCCUGUUCCGGAGGGGCCAGCUCCUCCCGAUUCCAGAAGUGAUGCCAGAGACUGCAGCAGUCAACAGGAAUAUUUCCUUGUGUUCAUUGGCUGCUCCCUGAAGGAAGAGGAUAUCAAAGAUUGGCUCAGAGAAACUGCAAAACAGAAACCUCAGAGGAAAGCCCUGAAAACCAGAGGAAUGUUAACCCUUCAGGAAAUAAAAAACAUUCACGUGAAACGCCACUUGGAUCCACUUCCAGCUGGUUAUUUUUACAAUGGGACUCAAUUUGUGAAUUUUUUUGGUGACAAAAUGGAUUAUCAUCCACUAAUGGACCAGUUUAUGAAUGAUUACUUGGAAGAAGCCAACAGGGAAAUCGAGAAGUACAACAGAGAGCUGGAGGAGCAGGAGUACCAUGACCUCUUUGAGCAGAAGACUUAAGCACGUGGGUCCCGGGUGUUUCUGUCCUUGUGUCAGGAACCAGAAAUUCUGUUUUGUCCUUCUGGCUCACAAGAAAUUGAGUGAAAUGUCUGUUUUCAGCACUCCUUCCCAAACUAAGGGAUCAUUCCCCUAAGGUUGGCAUUUAACACGGUAACUGCUUAGCUGUUUGUACUGUCAGGUUUGCUUCCACUUCACCUUAAUUCCAGACUGUACAAAGCAUCACCUGGAAUCUCUGGCUUGUGGUGGAAACUUGGGAAAAAGAAGAAGGAGAAAAGAAGCAAAACUGGAUUUAUUUCCUAAAAAGGUCAGAAUGUCAUUGUGAAAUUGGGCCAUGGUGCAGAUAUCAAACAAUCCUUGGGCGUCCCUUGGAAAUUGUUGCACGGGAGCAUCGAUGAGCAGUGGGGGAAUUCAGGAUGUGGGAUUGGGGUGUUCCCAAAGCGAGAAAUGGGGGAGCAGACUUGGAAGAGUCCCCAAUCCCAGAACUGUUUGGGUGUUCCUGAAGCAAAAAAAUGGGGGAAUAAGUAAAAAAAAUUAGAAGAGUCCCUAAUCCCACAGCUGCUGGGAUGUUCCCAAAGCGAGAAAUGGGGGAACAAUACGAAAAGCUCAGAACUGAGUCCCUAAGCAGCAGCUGUUGGGAUGUUCCCAAAGUGAGAAAUGAGGGAACAGUGGGAAAAACUCAGAAUUGGGUCCCUAAUCCCACAGCUCUUGGUGUGUUCCCAAAGCGAGAAAUGGGGGAACAGUGGGGAAAACUCUGAAGAGUUCCUGAUCCCAGAGCUGUUGGUGUGUUCCCAAAGCAGGAAAUGGAAUGAGUAAAAAACUUAGAAUCCCUGAGUCUGCAGCUGUGUUAGGAUGUUCCCAAAGCGAGAAAUGAGGGAACAGAGGGAAAAACUCAGAAUUGGGUCCCUAAUCCCACAGCUCUUGGUGUGUUCCCGAAGCGAGAAAUGGGGGAACGCUUUCUCAGAGUCCCUGAUCCCACAGUUGUUGAUGUAUUGCCAAAAUGAGAAAUGGGGGAACAGAGGGAACAGCUCAGGUGAGAAUCUAAUCCCACAGCUGCUGGGAUGUCCCUAAAGCGAGAAACGGGGGAACAAUGGGAAAAAUUCAGAAUUGAGUCCCUAAUCCCAGAGCUGUUGGUGUGUUCCCAAAGCAGAAAAUGGGAGAAUGGUUAAAAAAUGUAGAAUGCCUGAACCUGCAGCUGUUAGGAUGUUCCCAAAGCGAGAAAUGGGGGAACAAUGGAAAGAACUCAGAAUUGAGUGCCUAAUCUCACCGUUUCUAGGGCAUUCCCAAGGUAAAAAAUGUGGAAACAGUGGGAACAACUCAGAAUUCUGAGUCCUUAAUCCCAGAGCUGUCAGAGCAUUCCCAAAGCAAGAAAUGGGGAAUGGGAAAAGCUCGGAUGAGCACCUAAUCCCACAGUUGUUAGGAUGUUCCCAAAGCAACAGUUGGGGGAAGAGUGGGAAAAACUGACGAAUCCCUAAUCCCAGAGCUGUCAGGAUGUUCCCAAAGCGAAAAAUGGGGGAACAAUGGGGAGAACUCAGAAGUGAGUCCCUAAUCCCAGAGCUGUUGGGGCAUUCCCAAAGUAAAAAAUGUGGAAACAGUGGGAAGAACUGAGAAGAGUCCCUAAUCCCAGAGCUGUCAGGUGUUCCCAAAGUGAGAAAUGGGGGAACACUUUUUCAGCGUCCCUAAUCCCAGAGCUGUUAGGAUGUUCCCAAAAUGAGAAAUGGGGGAACAAUGGGGAAAAUCUCAGAAUUGAAUCCCUGAUCCCACAGCUGCCAGGGCAUUGCCAGAGUGAGAAAUGGGGGAAUGUUUUCUCAGAGUCCUUAGUCCCACAGCUAGCUAGGACAUUCCCAAAGUGAAAAUUGUGGGAACAACUCAGAAAAAUCCCUAAUCCCUGAGCUGUCAGGAUGUUCCCAGAGCAAGGGAUGAGGGAACACUCCCACCCCCACCUUUGCCAGGGCAAAGCCCAUCUCAAAACCUCAGCACAGUUUUGAGUCUGCACUCGAAAUUCUGACUUUAAAGAAAAGCUAUUUAUACAUUUCAGGGUGAAAUCAGUGGAGAAAUCUUAAUUUCUUCCCAGUGCUCUCAUUGGGAUUCUGGAAAAUAUUUCCUGGCUGGCUGCAAUGUGCACCUUGCUUAGGUUAUCCCUGGAGGAUUCCUAUUUCAGUCUUAGAAACUAAGCAAGGCAAGGCAAGGGGGAGGUUCUUCAACUGAACAAUUCCUUCUCAUGAAGAUGAGUGAUUUCCAAAGGUAAAAAAUAGCAAAGGCUGUUACUUGAAAAAGGCAGGAACUUGUCUGUGGAGCUUCCAGAAGAGUUUGCACACCAUAACAUUUCACUGUGCUGGUGAGAAAUCAGCUUUUAAGUACUUGUAACAGAAUUUUUAUAGUUCCUAAAUGAUAGAACAGGAAUGCUGGCAGCCUGUCCUGACUUAAUUCAGUUUAUUUUAAAGAAGGCUUUAUAAAUCCGUGACUGAAGGAUUAUAAAGUACCUUAGCAGCUACUUACAGGUAAUUAUUGGAGUUUAUUUGAAUAAGCAUGCAUGUGUUCAGAAUUUAGGUGAGAACAGCCCAGCAGGAAUUUUUUAUUUUCAUAUUCCUUUGCCUUAGGGACAGCUCAAUCUUUUACUGCAACUGCAGCUUUUCUUUCUGAACAGAUGUUUGUGAUACAGCAAGAAAUGGAAUGAAAAAUCUCUUGCAGGACACAAAAUACUUCAAAUGUAUCUGUACAGCCUCAUCCCAUGUCAGGAAAAUGAGAUUUAACCCCUGCCAUCAAACCUGGGGCUAAAUUAGAGUUUGUGCUUAACUAAAGAGAUGUAUUUUUUACCUUUGGAAUAUGAAAUAAGUGAAAUUUCAGUGACCUGAAGCACAUUUUAGGUGGUUUUAGUCUUCAUAGCUGGGUGCUUGUCCUGUGAGUGAUCCACAGUGCAGAGGUGGAAUUCCAGGUGCUGCAGGCUGGGAUAGAAAUACUGAUAAGGUUUCAUUCCUUGCUUUCCUCCUAGAUUUAAAAAGCUGUCUGAAUUGAAGACUUUAAUAUUUUAUUUUUUUUUUUUUUUUGCACACCACGAGACUUUAUAUAAAAACUACUUGUAUCCUGUUAGAGGCCAGUAAAAGCCAGCAAUUAGUUUGUGUUUUUAGGCUUUCCUGGGGUAUUCCCUGGAUCACAAGUGUGGAGCAUCCUGAUAAAGCUCGUGAGUUUUAUCUAUGCAUGGCUAAAUUUUAGUCUUAAUAUCCUGUAGUGCCUGUAGAGCAAAGGUAGCUAGCAGUGGGGUUGGGGGGCUGCCAGGGGUUUACAACUAAAUCCAGUCAGUUGCAUGAAAUUAUUUCGCAGCCCAGAAUUUUUAGGAAUCCCAAAAUUCUGGUGGUAGCGCUGCAAUAAAAAAAAAAAAAAGGGGCAUUAAGGAAAUUGGACUCCAGUUGGAAUUGCUUUGCCAAUUAACUCAGUGUAAACCCAGCUGUCCCAGUUCUCUCAUCUGCAAAGCCAUAUUUUUAGAGUAGUGGGAUGUGAUGUGGGAAGAAAUUCCAGUGGUUGGGACAGCAGGCACGUGGUGGAGGCUUUGUCUCGACACGUGAGUGGAUACAGAGUAGAUUUAAGUGCAAUUGAUUGAAAAUAGAUGAAGAUGCUGUAGCUGAUUUUUUGCUCUGCUGAACUCUUUUUAAGAACUCCAAUUUGUGCAGCUCUCAAUUCAAUAUGGAUGGGGCUGAUCCAGCUGGAAUUCCAAGCCCUGUGAACAAAAAACAAACAAAAAAAAGAAAUAAUUGGGGUUUGAGUGUGCAAAUUGAGCUGUUCCUUAAAAACUGGAGCAGAAGAGCUCAGAACAAAGGCCUAGAACCCUCCUGUCCUGUGCUGCAUGUGCUCUAUGGUCAUAGCUGUGUAUUACAAAGACCUUUCACCAGACUGGUACUGGCUCAAUUCAUGUAUUUUGGUAUUGAAAGAAAUUGAUUACCUCAAUUUUUAUCGUUUAUUUUUGAACUGUGACUUUCAACCAGAACAAAGAGAAAAAAAAUAAAAUAAAAAAUAAUAAAAAUACCGAAAUAGUGAAACUGUGACAAUGGUAUCCUUUAAAUGUAGUAGUGCCUUGCAGAUGACACCAUUUAUUCCCCAAAUAAAUGGAUGUCAGGGGUUGCACCCCCUCCUUUUUUUUUAAAGGAAAAUAACAGUUUUGGUGAAAGGACUUAAAAAUUUAACCUAGUGACAAAUAUUAGCACAAAUGGUUAAACUGUUUAAAAGAAAACUCUUUGAGGACUGAAAUAUGUAAAUGCCUGAUGCUGCUGCUGUUGAAGAGCAGUUGCUGAUUUUUUGGGAGUCAAUUCUUAACGAUCAGCAGCGCUUUUUGAAUUUUUUUUAAAUUUUUAUUUUAUUUUAGAAGAGUGUAACUUUUGUACUCUGGUCAGAGCUGUUUGUACUGUAUGGAAUCCCCAAGCCCAGGGGAUUUGGUGUCCUCAAUCCUUGGAAGUCGAGGUGAGGAUGGAGCCACUCCGAAGGAUCGAGGUUUGAACGGUUUUUUUUUGCUACUAAUUAAAAUAAAAACAACAAAAAGCACCAUUUCUAACCCACUGAUGUUUGGAUACAGCAAAAGUGCCAUUACACCGUUCCUUUUCUCUUUUUAAAUACUUGGAAAAAUUUGUGUCCAGGCAUUCCUGAGCUUGGGAAGUGCUGAAGAGUCCUCAAGGGGUUUCCACGCUUUGCUGACCUUUGUUAGCAGCUUGUGGUGGUGUUUUUUUUUCUUUCUCCUCACCGAGAAUGAGUGUGAUCAGAAGUUACUGAAGUUAUAGGGAUUCAAAUGUGACAAACUUAGCAGGGGAACCUUUGCAACUUGAGCUGCUCUGCAGUCUGGGAGUAUUUGAAUUUGAAGCUGUGCAAUUUGGGAUUAAUCCAGUUUUACACUUUGGCAAUUAACACACCGGAUUGCAGGGAGGAGUUAAGUUGCAUUGUGAGGGUUCCCUAAUAAGUUGGUUUUUUUUUUAAUUGUUGUUAUUUUUUAAUUGAAACUUGUCUGAAUUUGCACAGAUUUAAGCUCUGGAAUACUUUUGUAUUCUUAAAAAGGGAAAAAAAUUGUGACUAGUAUAGUGAAUUGUGAACUGUGAGUCGGUAGAAUCACAAGGUUGAUCUAAUCUUAGGUUGUUAAAAAUGUACCUCAGAAAGCUUGUGAGAAAUCGCUUCAUUUUUACACAACAGCCAGAUCCUGACGUAACACUUCUCACUUUACAACGUGCCAAAAUUCACUUUUAUACUAGUUCUCAAUGCUUUAAUAUUUGCAACUCUUAAGUUAAAAACGUGUUAUUUACAAACACUACUGUAACUUCAGUUCAGCUGAAUGGUGUGAUUGAAGCUUUUUGCCUCUCGUAUUUAUUACACAACUUGAUUCAGUAAAUAUAAAAUUACCUUUCCAUUUAUUUUUGUAUUGUUUUACAUGUUUAUACCUGCAGUUUGUGUGACUUUUACACCUGUAACUCAAAUGUGAUGGAAAGAACCAAUAAACAGUAUCCAUCCACUGGC